UCAGCAGCAUUAAUUGGAGACUUCAACAAUUGGAAUUCAAAUGCUGAUGUAAUGACUCGGAAUGAGUUUGGUGUUUGGGAGAUUUUUUUUGCCAAACAAUGUGGAUGGUUCACCACCAAUUCCUCAUGGUUCUCGGGUCAAGAUCCGCAUGGAUACUCCCUCUGGAGUCAAGGACUCGAUUCCUGCUUGGAUCAAGUUUUCUGUACAGGCUCCUGGUGAAAUUCCAUAUAGCGGAAUAUACUAUGAUCCCCCAGAAGAGGAAAAAUAUGUAUUCAAACAUCCACAGCCAAAGAGACCAAAAUCACUUAGAAUAUACGAGUCACAUGUUGGAAUGAGUAGUCCGGAGCCAAUGAUCAACACAUAUGCCAAUUUUAGAGAUGAUGUACUACCUCGAAUUAAAAAGCUUGGCUACAAUGCUGUCCAGAUUAUGGCCAUUCAAGAACAUUCUUAUUAUGCCAGCUUUGGGUACCAUGUCACAAAUUUCUUUGCACCUAGCAGCCGAUUUGGAACUCCAGAGGAACUUAAAUCUCUAAUAGACAAAGCCCACGAACUAGGUCUGCUUGUUCUGAUGGAUAUUGUACACAGCCAUUCAUCAAAUAAUACUUUGGAUGGCCUAAACAUGUUUGAUGGAACUGAUAGUCAUUACUUCCAUCCUGGGUCACGAGGUUAUCAUUGGAUGUGGGAUUCUCGCCUUUUCAAUUAUGGAAGCUGGGAAGUACUAAGAUAUUUACUUUCAAAUGCAAGAUGGUGGCUGGAUGAAUACAAGUUUGACGGAUUUCGAUUUGAUGGUGUUACAUCAAUGAUGUACACUCAUCAUGGGUUGCAGGUAGCAUUCACUGGAAAUUACAGUGAGUACUUUGGUAUGGCAACUGAUGUUGAUGCUGUGGUUUACCUGAUGCUGGCUAAUGAUCUCAUUCAUGGCCUCUUCCCCGAGGCUGUUACCAUUGGUGAAGAUGUGAGUGGAAUGCCAACAUUCUGCCUUCCUACACAAGAUGGUGGGGUUGGUUUUGAUUAUCGCCUGCAAAUGGCCAUUGCAGACAAGUGGAUUGAGAUUCUCAAGAAGAAAGAUGAGGACUGGAAAAUGGGUGAUAUUGUCCACACACUAACAAACAGAAGAUGGCUGGAAAAAUGUGUAGCUUAUGCUGAGAGUCAUGAUCAGGCCUUGGUUGGUGACAAGACAAUUGCAUUUUGGUUGAUGGACAAGGAUAUGUAUGACUUCAUGGCGUUAGACAGGCCAUCUACACCUCGUAUAGAUCGUGGUAUUGCAUUACACAAAAUGAUUAGGCUUAUUACCAUGGGACUUGGUGGUGAAGGGUAUUUGAAUUUUAUGGGGAAUGAGUUUGGCCAUCCUGAGUGGAUUGAUUUUCCAAGAGGUGAACAACAACUUCCUAAUGGCUCAGUAAUUCCAGGGAACAACUACAGUUAUGAUAAAUGCAGGCGAAGAUUUGACUUGGGAGAUGCGGAUUAUUUAAGAUAUCAAGGAAUGCAAGAAUUUGAUCGAGCCAUGCAGCUGUUAGAAGAAAAGUUUGGUUUCAUGACUGCUGAACACCAAUAUAUUUCACGGAAAAAUGAAGGUGACAAAGUUAUAAUCUUUGAAAGGGGCAACCUCGUCUUUGUCUUCAAUUUUCAUUGGCAUAACAGCUAUUCAGAUUACAGAGUUGGCUGCUCAACCCCUGGGAAAUAUAAGAUUGUUUUGGAUUCAGAUGAUGCCUUGUUUGGUGGCUUCAAUAGGCUCAACCACUCUGCUGAGUACUUCACUAAUGAAGGAUGGUAUGAUGACCGACCUCGAUCCUUUCUCGUCUAUGCACCUUCUAGAACAGCAGCAGUUUAUGUCCUUGCAGAUGACGACGAUGAUCUUGAACCAGCCCUUUCAGAUGAAGCUGAACCAGCCCUUGCAGAUGAAGCUGAACCAGAGCCAGUUGAUCCUUGAUAAGAAGAUUCUGGGACAAAUGUUACAAGUACACGAUGGCAGCAGUAAAUCCCCAGUGAAACUAGCCAAACCAAUAUCUUGUUGUUUAACCGACACUGAAACACCAAAGAAGCAUAUUUGAAGUGGAAUAAGUGGGAGCGCUAGUUAAUCUUUAGUGAGGCAGGACACUGACUCGAAAUCUUGUACAUGUGCCUUGCUAGGUAAUAAUUGCGAUAUCACACCCAUCUUUCUGUUUUUUCUUUUUAGGAUUCAAUGUCGUAACCUGAGUCUCAAAUGUCAAUCUCCAUAAUGUAUACUCUCCUAAGAGUUAGAGGCUUCAAAGGGACUUUUAUAGUGAAAAAUUUUGCAGGAGGCUGACUUUUGCUUUGGGGUCUUUUUUCGGUAGCUGUCUCCUUUAUAUUUAAAAGUUGAGUUGUAGCAAUUCCUAUCCGUGUAAUAAAGACAUCAUACGUCGUGGAAAAAAGAAAGUAAAAUAAUUACCUUACUUUA